ACCACACACUCACAGCAGCAUCCUGUCUCUGCACUGAGGACACCCCGGGUUGAGAGAGAGAGAGAGAGAGAGGCUCUAAACUUUCUCUGCUGAAUUUUUUUUUCUUCGUUUUCCUCCUGAGAGCCUCACGUUGCCUCACGUCUCCUCUCCUCCUCGUCUCUCUGGGAACAAAACAUGACGGACUCUUCAACCAACAUGCGGCUGAAGCUGCCGGUCGUCUGCUUCAUCCUGGAGAUCAUCCUCAUCAUCCUCUUUGGCGCCUUGGUAGAGUACGACGAUGAGACGGACGCGAAGAAGUGGCAUAACGAAACCCACUCUGAUUACGACAACGACUUCUACUACCGCUACCCAAGUUUCCAGGAUGUGCACGUGAUGAUCUUCAUCGGUUUUGGCUUCCUCAUGACGUUCCUGCAGAGGUACGGCUUCAGCAGCGUGGGCUUCAACUUCCUGAUCGCAGCCUUCGCCCUGCAGUGGGCGACGCUGAUGCAGGGCUUCUUCCAUGGGAUGCAUCACGGCAAGAUCCACAUCGGAGUGGAGAGUAUGAUCAAUGCUGACUUCUGCACGGGUUCUGUGCUCAUCUCGUUCGGAGCCGUUCUGGGUAAAACCAGUCCUGUGCAGCUGCUGAUCAUGGCGAUGUUCGAGGUCACGCUGUUUGCUGUCAAUGAGUUUGUCCUGCUGACCAUUCUCGGGGUAAAGGACGCUGGAGGCUCCAUGACCAUCCACACCUUUGGAGCUUACUUCGGCCUCAUGGUGACCCGAGUCCUGUACAGACCCAACCUGGACAAGAGCAAAAGCAGGAACUGCUCAGUCUACCAUUCGGACCUUUUCGCUAUGAUCGGUACCAUCUACCUGUGGAUGUUCUGGCCCAGCUUUAACUCUGCCAUCACCGCUCAUGGAGACGACCAGCACCGCACCGCCAUGAACACCUACUACUCGCUGGCCGCCUGCACUCUGGCGUCCUACGGCAUGUCCUCGCUCACCGCACACGACGGGAAGCUGGACAUGGUCCACAUCCAGAACGCUGCUCUGGCCGGUGGCGUCGCCGUGGGAACAGCAGGAGAAAUGAUGCUGACUCCCUUUGGAUCCAUGAUCGUUGGUUUCUUGGCCGGCAUCAUUUCGGUUCUGGGCUUCAAAUACCUCUCUCCCCUGCUGGAAAGCAAACUGAAGAUCCAGGACACCUGCGGGGUUCACAACCUGCACGGCAUGCCCGGCAUCCUCGGUGCGAUUGUGGGUGCGGUGACUGCUGCCAUGGCGACCUUUGACAUUUAUGGAGAGGGGAUGAAGGACGUCUUCCCCCAGAUCGUGAACGGUCAAUCAGCGUCCACUCAGGCCGGGUACCAGGCCCUCGGCCUCGCCGUCACCCUGGGCAUCGCUCUGCUGGGAGGGGCUCUUGUUGGUUUCGUUCUGAAGCUGCCCGUCUUCGGUGCUCCAUCUGACACCAUCUGCUACGAGGACAGCAUCUACUGGGAGGUUCCUGGAGAAGAGGAGGAUCAUGAGGCUCAGCUGAGCGAAGUGAGGCCGGAGGAGGCUAAGCUAAACGCUUAGAUAGCACACAUUUACACUCUCACACACACUCACACACACACACACACACACACACACACACACACUCACUCACUCACUCACUCACUCACUCACUCACUCACUCACACACACUCACACACACUCACUCUCACACACACACACUCUCACACACACACACACACUCUCACACACACACACACACAGUCUUAGGCUGUGCUGUGCAAAUUGUGACAUGUUUGAAGCUCACGUGUGUUUUCAGAAUAAAAGCUCACCAUUUGUUUAUUCUACAAACAUAUCGACUGUUCCUGUUUCAGAUGAAGUGAACAGUUCUGACCAGCAGAGGUCGCUGUAGAGCUGUGUGCCCAGAUUCAAACCAAAGACGGGGUUAGAGAACAUGAGACACAUAAAGUUUAAUUUUCUUAUUGUUAAAGGUUUGUAGAGGUUAUGUUUAUACUCUCAGCUGUCGUUAAGGGUCUGGGUUAUGUGUUUCUGAUGAGUUAGUAUAAAAACUGUUUUAUAGAGAGUCAUUUUAAUUUGGCCUUUAACAGUUAUUUGUACUUACAUGUGAACGUUCAUUUGAUUAGUUAAAAAAACAUUUCAAUUUUUUGUGUCUCAUUAAAAAUCAAAUAUUAAAACUG